AUGGCUACCGCUGUAAAGAGAAAUAAAGAAAAAUACGAAAAAUGCAUAGACACGCUAUCAGAUGGAAUUCAAUGCACAGAUUACUGUUACAGAAAUAUUGAGGAUUGUAGAAAAAGUCAGGAUGACAUCGAUAUGGUUGUGAAGUACUAUAAAAGCAGAAAAAUAUUUGAACAACUCAAAAAUUACGAAUUUACACAAAUACGCAUAGGGCUUAAGGAAGGAAAGGAUCCUAUUUUGGAAGAUAUCAUGGAUCUUGAAAGUUUUCCUGGUGCAGUAUUUUCAGAGUCCCUAUUUGAUGUCAAGUCUGAUCUGAGAAGAGUUGAGUUAUCUUUAUUAAAUCAUUUUAGCAUUGAUGCAGGCUGCGUAUGUGAUGGUACGUUUUUAUCAAAUGGAGAGUUCGUUCUAUCAUGGCUGUCGACAAAAAGGCGGGGUUGUAAAAGGAGCAACAAUGGUAAAUGCUUCUUUUAUAACAAAGUGUUUGCGUGCACAAGAUCCAUUGACUUGUCUUCAGAACCUUUCGGUCUGUGUGAAAAGGCACGAGAAUUAUUAGUGGCAUGCCACGGUUCAAGAUCCAUUGAAAGGGUAUCACUUUACUCUUAUUCCAAAUCAUCAAAUAUGAUAUUCACCAGUCUUCACAAAAACUUUGGAAUAGCAAAGAAGGAUGCUUACUUUUACUAUGCAUGCAAUGACAAAAUCGUGAAGAUAAACGAGUAUGAAAGAAUAAUGAAAGAGUACAGCGCAGAGACUGGCGUGAAGCACAUCGUCGCCACGAAAAAACACAUAAUAUACAGUAACAGAAAAACACACGUCGUAACAGACGGAGGUCAAACCGUGUGGAAAUGCGACAGUCCACAUCUUAAAUUUCUGUGUGGCCUUGACACGGACUCUGAUGGUAAUAUCUAUGUCGCUGGUAAAUCCAGUGACAAUGUCCAUGUGUUGUCCAGUGAAGGCAAAUUAAUUCGACUUUUUGAGGACAUUCCGAGACCAUACUUUAUGAAAAUAAACAAAGCGAGAAAUACAUGUUGCGUGUGUAGCAAUCGAAAACACAUCAAAGUGUACGAAUUCAAAUAA